UAUUCUUAGCCCUGGAAUGUAUACACUGUCUCCCUGCCCAGCGGCCCCUGCACAGAGCUCUAGAAAACUGUGACAAUGCCUUCAGCAUAAACAAAUUGAGAACUCUCCCAGGACAAGUCAUUUUCAACCGAAGGAAAGGCCUGGGGUUUAUGGUUUCACUCAGAGCUAGAGGUGGAAACUUUCUGGGAGAACAAGACAGCCCGGGCAUCAGUGGAUGUCACCGCAGCAAAGCAAGGAUGGAUGAGGUGUUGCCAGAUGGGCUGCUCUUCAAAGACCACAACUUCUGCUCCGACCUGUUGAGGCAGCUCAACGGCUUAAGACAAAGCAGGAUCCUGACUGACGUGUGCAUCUGUGCAGGCAGCUGGGAGAUUCCCUGCCACCGCAACGUGCUGGCCUCCAGCAGCCCUUACUUCCGGGCCAUGUUCUGCAGCAACUUCCGGGAGAGCAGUGAGGCCAAAGUGCAGCUGAAAGGCAUUGCCUCGCUGGCCCUGGAGCAGGUGGUGGCCUACGUGUACACGGGGGAGGCACAUAUCACAGCUGGAAACGUCCUCCCCCUGAUGGAGGCAGCCUCCAUGCUGCAGUACCCCAGGCUCUUCGAGGCCUGCUCCUCAUACCUGCAGGGCCAGCUGGCCCCCAGCAAUUGCCUGGGCAUGAUCAGACUCUCAGAAGUGCUAAGCUGCGAGACCCUCAAGAGGAAAGCCACGGAGGUGGCCCUGACAUGCUUCCCAGAGGUGGCCGCGUCAGCUGACCUGAAGGAGCUGCGCGCUUUGGAGUUGAGAGACUACUUGGGAGAUGAUGGCCUCUGUGGGGAGGAGGAGAAGGUGUUUGAGGCCCUCAUGGCUUGGGUCCGACAUGACCUCCAGGCCCGGAAGCGCUACCUGCAGGAACUUCUGCAGCAGGUCCGGCUUCAGUACAUCCACCCAGCCUUCUUCCAUCACUUCAUGGCCGGUGACACCCUCCUUCAGUCCUCACCUGCCUGCCGGGACUUCCUGGAAGCAGCCCGGAGGCAUGUGUUCUCUGCGUGUGGUGCCAGUGCCCCAGACUGCAGACCCUUGUGGCACGGCCCUCCCAGGAGCUCCUACCAAGACUUCCUGGUCCUCGUGGGUGGGAGGAAGGACAAUCAGCAGACCACCAGGGACGUGCUGCUCUACAGUACCCGGACCGGCGAAUGGCACAGCCUGGCACAGCUCCCCGCCCGGCUGUACAAGGCCUCGGCAGUGGCCCUGCACCGCAGCAUCUACGUGCUGGGUGGCAUGGCUGUCAGUGCAGGCCACAGUCCCGUCAGUCGCGCUGUCUACAUCUUCUCCUUGAAGCUCAACCGGUGGCACAUGGGAGAGCCCCUGCUGGCAGCCCGGUACUCCCACAGCAGCGCCACCCACAGGAACUUUAUCUUCGCCAUUGGGGGCCUCGGGGACAGGCAGGAGCUCCUGGGCUCCAUGGAGAGAUACGACAGCGUCCACAAUGUCUGGGAGAGAGUGGCCAGCAUGCCUGUGGGGGUGCUGCACCCCGCUGUGGCCGUGAAGGACCAAAGGCUCUACCUUUUUGGGGGAGAGGACACCAUGCAGAGCCCUGUGCGCCUUAUCCAGGUUUACCACCUUUCCAGAAACUCGUGGUUCAAGAUGGAGACGAGGAUGGUGAAGAACGUGUGCGGCCCGGCGGCCUUGCUUGGGGAGCGGAUCGUCAUCGUGGGAGGUUACACACGUAGGAUCCUUGCUUAUGACCCUCAGUCCAACAAAUUUGUCAAAUGUGCGGACAUGAAAGACCGGCGGAUGCACCACGGAGCCGCGGUGAUGGGGAACAAGCUAUACGUGACGGGCGGGCGGAGGCUGACCACGGACUGCAGCAUAGAGGACUCGGCCUCCUUUGACUGCUACGACCCCCAGACGGACACCUGGACAUCGCAGGGCCAGCUGCCGCACACGCUCUUUGACCAUGCCUGCCUGACUCUCCAGUGUGUGCCCUCCGUGUCCACCCACUCAUGAGGUCCACAAGACUUGUCCCAAUCAGAGGCUUCCUGUUCCACGGGACAGAAACUCAGCUCCAGAGAGGAUGCAGGGACGCUCACAGGUCUGAGGUGCCAGAGCCCAGGAACCUGGGAUUCGGCGGCCAGGACUCUGCCACUCUCUGCCUCCUCUCUGGCAGGCUUCCUCCUACACUGAGCUUCUUUGUCUAAAGAAUGUGAGGACAAUGACAACUGGUAAACCCUAAGCCACAGUCUCGAGCUGUGCACCUUCCUGGAGAGAACUCUGUUCUACUAUUACCCACAGAUUGAUCUCCAGGCCCUUUUUGUCUUUCAUGCUUUCUUCCUGAGUCAGUCACUAUUGACCAGCAAUGGGCUACCAUUACUGGCUAACCCUGGAUCGUGUCCUGAGGGCAGGGCUGGGGUUGGCUCUUUCGAUUGCCAGCCCACCCAAACUGCAAGUUGGCCGGAAACCCUUCCCCAGAGGAAGAAAUUCUGGGCUGAUAAAAACACAUCUGCCCAGAACACCAUUGAAAUCUGAAACAAGGGGAUUGAGGGAUCCUAGAGGGCCCCGGACGUGGUUGGUCCAGGGGGCAGUGUGGAACUCUGCCAUAACUGCGUUUCUCUGCCAUCUAUGGAUGUAAUACAUUGAAAUUCCAAAGAAGUACUGGAAUUUGGUAUCCAGUGUUUGCAAAAUUAUCUUGCACUGCAAGAUACAAAAACAGAAUAAAGUUUGUUUCUGGUGCCAA